UGGAAUUUUCCCAGACGGAUAUUCUGAUAAUCACUCGCAUCAGACGGAGCCAUAUCUUCCAUUUCCCACUUCUCUCUCGCCCUUCAUCUUCUCCCAUUUCUCCGUCCGCCAUUGAAGCAUCAUUCGAGCUCCAACCUUCUAUGUCCGUACACAGAUGAUAACCUUGCGUUAUCUACUAAUUUUCAUUUAUCAAAUUUUCGACUUAUUUCUCCAAAUGCUGCAUUGAGCGUGAGCCAAACACCUUUAAGGAGUGGACGCAUAUUCGGAGAAUACCGCUUCUGUGUUUGGGAGGUUUGUUCGAAUGGGAACUCUUACGAGCUGUAGUUUUAGUUUCAGUGCCGCGAAUUUCAAAUUCCGGUCGAGUUUCGGGAGUUGUGCGGCGAGGGAGGGAAUCGGAUUCCUCGGGUUCAGGAGGUUGAGGAAUUCGUGUUUCUUGUGCGGGAAAAGGUCGAAGAGGGAGAGGCUUUUGGUCUCGUAUGGAGAUUUUGCUAGGUUUUUGUGUUUUAGUUCAGAUAAUGAAGGUCGUAGCGAGGGGGAAAGAGAGGAUGACUUGCACAAAGAGUCGAGUGCCACCACGACGACAGCGACGGUGUCGGCUGAAGAGGUUGAGGAACGGCGUAGCAGCGAGCUUGAUUCCGAGAAGACGACACCGCCAUCGGUUUCUUCCAGGUCGCCGAAUUUGUCUCCAAUUGGACCAGCUUACAAUAACUUCCAAGUCGAUUCUUUCAAACUGAUGGAACUUCUUGGGCCCGAGAAGGUUGAUCCUUCUGACGUCAAACUUAUAAAGGACAAGCUUUUUGGCUAUUCUACCUUCUGGGUAACCAAAGAAGAACCAUUUGGAGAUCUUGGGGAGGGCAUUCUCUUCCUCGGGAAUUUAAGAGGAAACAGAGAAGAGGUAUUCUCCAAACUCCAAGGCCAGUUGGUUGAAGCCACAGGUGAUAAAUACAACCUUUUUAUGGUGGAGGAACCAAAUUCAGAAGGUCCAGAUCCACGCGGUGGCCCACGUAUCAGUUUUGGUCUGUUGCGAAAAGAGGUCUCAGAACCUGGUCCAACAACACUUUGGCAAUAUGUUAUUGCUCUGUUGUUGUUCCUUUUAACAAUUGGCUCCUCUGUGGAGUUAGGAAUUGCGUCUCAGAUCAAUCGUCUUCCUCCAGAGGUAGUGAAAUACUUUACAGAUCCAAAUGCUGUUGAACCGCCAGAUAUGGAGCUGCUACUUCCAUUUGUAGAUUCUGCUCUGCCUUUAGCAUAUGGUGUGCUGGGGGUUUUGUUAUUUCAUGAAGUUGGGCACUUUCUAGCUGCUUUUCCAAAGAAAGUGAAACUUAGUAUCCCUUACUUCAUUCCUAAUAUAACUCUUGGAAGCUUUGGUGCAAUCACUCAGUUCAAGUCAAUUCUUCCUGAUCGGAGUACCCAAGUUGACGUAUCACUUGCAGGUCCUUUUGCUGGUGCAGCAUUGUCGUUUUCCAUGUUUGCUGUCGGUCUCCUGCUCUCSUCAAAUCCAGAUGCUGCUGGAGACUUGGUGCAAGUCCCUAGCAUGCUGUUUCAAGGUUCUUUGCUCCUUGGACUCAUCAGUAGAGCCACUCUUGGUUAUGCAGCAAUGCACGCUGCGACCGUUGCAAUUCAUCCUCUUGUUAUAGCCGGCUGGUGUGGUCUGACUACAACAGCCUUUAACAUGCUUCCAGUUGGCUGUCUUGAUGGUGGAAGAGCGAUUCAGGGUGCUUUUGGAAAAGGUGCCUUAGUYGGGUUCGGUUUGACGACUUACACACUGCUYGGGCUAGGACUGCUCGGCGGACCUUUAUCGCUUCCCUGGGGACUGUAUGUUCUCAUAUGCCAGAGGAGUCCUGAAAAGCCAUGCUUAAACGACGUUACAGAAGUUGGAACAUGGAGAAAAGCUGCAGUCUCACUGGCUGUGUUUCUUGUUGUGUUGACGCUCCUCCCAGUUUGGGACGAGCUUGCGGAGGAGCUUGGUAUAGGUCUUGUAACAACUUUUUGACACGAAAAUUCGAAAUGUAAAUUCAAAUCUUAGCCGAAAUGAGGUAGAUAAUGGUAUAUUUACUGCCAAAUUUAGCAUUAUUUGACAUGUGUAUAUAGACCUGUUUUCUUUAUGUUCUGCUCAAUACAUACAUCUGAGUGAAAUACCCUCGAAAAUGAAGCUGUGUCUGCUGCUGCCAAAUUUGGCAUAGCCUUGUUCUUAGGAUCAUCAA